AUGGACUCCUUGGAACCAGAUACAAAAGCAGCAUCAAGUGAUACGCGAAAGAACACUUUUGAACAGUUGUACGAUGACAAUCCUGCUUCCUUUACUGUCAACAAUCUGUUUUGGAGUCCUUUCGACUCUCGGAACGCAAUUCCAACGGGGGCGAUCAAACCUGCCGGAUGGGCAUUGGAUCAAGGUAAUGUCCAGGCAGAGGGCCUCGCCGGACAUCUGAUGGACUUCGACAGCUACGUCAACGGGUCAAUUUGGGUAGAGGGAGGCUCCAUCGAGUACAGUGCGAUGCACGAAUCAGCCCCGUAUUGGUUCAACGGCAUGGUGGCGCUGGCUUUUCAACUUGAAGAUAAGCGCCUCUUGGGUCAAGUCCGUGCAUUCUUGGAUUGGACUCUAGACCAUCAAGGCGAUGAUGGCUGGAUUGGUCCCGAGGUCCUCGACGGGUCAUCGGAUGUUCCCCGUCUGACAUGGCCCCGUUAUCUUGUAUUAAUGGGACUUGUUCAAUAUGCCGAAGCGGACCCUUCCCAAACCGAACGGAUCGUAGGCGCCAUGCACAGUUUUAUCACACUUGUUCAUAGUACCUGGGCCUCCGGCUCGGAAGGCGAUCCUGAAGAUGGUUUCCAGUUCGAGUAUCAAUAUGUGAGAUGGGAAGAAUUGGUCUACUCCUUACAAUGGUUAUAUGAUAAUUAUCCAAACGGCCAGGAAGACAUCUUGAUCGAGACGAUGCAACUCCUCAGAGACUCCGGAUUUUCCUGGAAAGACGACUGGUAUACAGAGGCCAGUUUCGCAAGGGAAGCAGUGACAUCCUUCUUCUCGUACACGCAUGGCGUGAACAACGCAGAAGCGCUCAAGUCUGAGGCGCUGGCGUACCGUUUUACGGGUGAUCCGACAGACGUUCAGAGCACUUUUGACCGGCUCGACAUGAUCUACCAGUACCACGGGCGUGCCUCCGGUACCUUUUCAGCCGACGAACAUCUCGCUGGUCUGGGUCCUUCUCAUGGAACUGAACUGUGCGCCGUAGUGGAACAAAUCUUCUCGCUUGCGACAAUCUACCAAAUAUUUGGCAACAAUUCCGUGGCCGACCGCGCGGAGAGAAUAGCCUACAAUGCAUUACCUGCCGGAAUAAUGCAUGAUUGGUGGUCACACCAGUAUGACCAAGAAGUCAAUCAAAUUUGGGCUCGGGAAAUGGACCCAUCGCCAUGGGGUAAUAAUGGUCCUAGGUCAAACAUCUUCGGGUUCGAGCCGAAUUACCCAUGUUGUACCGUCAAUCAUCCGCAAGGAUACCCGAAAUUCUGGGCUCAUGCGUUCAUGACCGAUCCAGCGGAUGACGGAUUGUUGCACGUUUUUCUGGGGCCGUAUACGUAUUCCGGAAUCGUUGGAGCGUCCAACCAAGUUGAUGUCGUUGUUGAUACCAUUUAUCCGUUCAGCAACACGCUCAAGUACCAAAUAGCGACGAGCGAACCACUGAUUUUCAAGAUCCGUAUACCAGAUUGGGCUGCGGAAAAAAGCGUGAUAUCCGUGAAUGGGGAGGAGGCGACGACCCUGACGCCUGACGAUGCGAAUUUCCAGGUCGUUGAGCUUUUAGAAGGGUCAUCGACGAUAGCGCUUUCCCUUCAUGCUGUCCUUGACAUAGAAAAGCGGUUCAACGACGCUAUCGCCAUCAACUAUGGGGCGCUUAACUAUGCAAUAGAACUAUCUUACAACAAUACGGUUACUGAAGGAUUACGGAGCGAACAAGCCUUGAGCGAUGUGAAAACUCUUUAUCCUAAUGCGCCUGCUGAGUAUCUUACACCGGCAUGUACCAUAUCAUUUAUUCACCACACGCUGCUACCUACCACGGAAUGGCGUCUCGCUAUUGAUCCUUCCACCAUUGAGAUCGUUGAUCGUUCGUCCAAGGUUUCGAACUUGCCAUUCUACGUCUGGUCACCCGGUUCUCAGCCUAUCACCAUGAGUGCGACGGCAUGCCAAAUCGACUGGGAAAUUUCUAAUGGAACGGCUGCCUCUCCCCCUCAAAGUCCAAACGCUUGCGCCAGCGACACCUUCGCCGUCAAGCUUGUCCCAUUUGGCGCUGCGAAACUUCGCCUGGGGGAGAUUCCUACUAUGAUCAUAGCCUGA